CAUUUGAAUAAUGAUUAAGAAUCUCCGAAGUUAAUAUCUGAAAGAUUUCAAAGUAUGGCAAGCCAAGAACUUCAGAACAGCAUGCAUCAUUCUCAGAUUGACUGGAAGACAUCAUUGCCCCCAUUAGAUGCAUCAACAGGUGCUGCAGCGGUUACCAUAGUUUCCUACAAUAUCCUAGCAUCCAUCCACAUCAAGCCGCAGGGAUACCCGUUCUGCCCGACAGGACACCGGGAGACGAUUGAAAGGCAUCACCAGUUGAUGGUUGAACUUCGUAUCCAUGGCGAUGCAGACAUCAUUUGCUUACAAGAGGUAGAGACCGAUUACUACACCCAGACGUUACUUCCAGAACUGCAGAGUCUGGGUUACCAUGGUGUUCACCAUCAGAAGGCACUGGGAGUACCAGAGGGUGUGGCCACCUUCUACCGCUCAGAAAGGUUCAGGCUUGAGAAGCAAGAGGCUGCUCAUUUCAAAGACUGGAUAGCUCAGAAACUGAAAGGGGAAGAGAUUGACAGAGAUCUUUGUGAAGCUAUCAAGAGUCGGGCUGCGUAUGAGACCCCAAUCUUGCUUACAUCCUUCACCUGUCUGAAUACAGGGCGCCCUCUCACAGUCGCAAAUGUUCACUUAGUGUGGCAGACCAGUAUUGUACCGGACCUUAAUGCAAUGCAGGCUGCUCUUGCUGUUCAAAGACUUCAAGAAUUCUCACCACCCGAGGGCGCUUGCAUCAUGUGCGGCGAUUUCAAUCAUCGGCCUGACAUGCCUGGCUAUCAACUCGUCAGAGACGGUUGCCUAGACGACAAGAGCCGCAUGGAUCUAAGGAAAUAUCCAUUCCAUUCAAAGUCCAAUGAUGAAGGACAUAGGAAGGAAUCUUGCCUGGUUGACGUCCUUCCUCGCUGGUUUUGCCAUAGCUUCAAGAAUUUGAAGAGUUCAUAUGCAGAGAUUUGUGGAAAGGAACCACCAUUCACUUGCUACACAGAUGACUAUGGACUUAAGUGGAUAGAAGCAUACACCAAACACAACAAAUUGGAGGGACUUUUAGGAGAGCAAGAAGAAACCACCGAUCCCCCAACACCAAGGCACUUUCCCUUGAAGGUCAUGGAUUCAAAUCUCAACAGAAGCAUUGCCCCACCCCGCAGCAUUAAGACCUUGGAUUACAUCUGGUAUUCGUCAGAGAAGCUUAGGUGCCUCGGGAUACAGGAAGUCGUCGGGAAGGAAGUGAUCGCCCCCUACUGGGCCUGCCCUAACCAGAUCUUUCCCUCAGAUCAUCUGCUGAUGAAAGCAAGAUUUGUUUUUCAUGAUCUGUGACAAACUGUCACUGUCAAUUUAGUGCAUCAAGAUCCAGGGUGUUUUGCAAAAAGAAUUGUUUGAAUGCAUCACAACAGUUCAAAUGCGAGUGGAUGCUAAUGAUUGGUUGAAACAGGUUUAGUUCGAUUCUUUGGAGUUUCGUUUGAUUGUAAUUCUCUCGCCAAUGGACAUUACCAAAAAAAACACCUUAUGCUAUGUCACAAAUACCUUUACAAACACCGUAUGAAUGAUUUUAUGCCGUUUAUUGCUGUGUAUAAAAAUCGUAGUAUGGUUUUUCUACAGGUAUUAGUGACCUUAGCAUUACUUAGAGAGUAAGAGUUAUGACUCUUCGAAUCAAUCUUAUCUCAACUAUGGAGGGCCUUUGGUGCCAUAAGUCAAAAUCAAGAAGGCAUAUGCACUGUCCCUUUUAUACCUAAAUGAACAUACUAAUCAAUCUAAAUUGUAAUGCAUGAAAGAGUGUUCGUCAUAUUUAAAAAGAGCUUUGAAUGAUUAUAAUAUAUUUUCAUUUUUGACCUGUAUUCUCUCAACCUUGGUCAUGGUUUAGAUACUUCUGAACACUUUCAGGGGCCGCGGAACGGUUUUGUAAGUAGGGGGGCUGACCAUGCUAAAAAUCACAAUCAUAUGGUCAGUUUUACGUUUUUGUACACAGUUUCAGAAAAAAGGGGGGCUGAAGCUCUCCCCCCCCCACCCGGUUCCGUUGCCCCUGAUUUUGUCACCGUGCAUCAUUUGUUUUGCAAUGUUCUUUAUUAAUCCACUUGACAGAAGAAGGAUUUCACACAAGUCCAAUGAAGUGGAUUCCUUCAUAAAAAAUAUACCAGGGCCCUGUUGUAUAAAGAGUUACAAUUGAUCUGAUCAAUCCCAACUAUGGA